ACGAAAUGUAAUUAGCGUCAACGAAACGAAUCGGUGGAUAUCGGUUUCGUUGUGCUUUUCCUUUUGUCGAACGUCGUUUUCGCAUUUUAAACAGAAAUACAACCUACAAAUGGUGAUGGAAACAUAAUUUUAAUAAGAUGAAGUCCGUUGUGGCUUAUGUGCGCAAUCUUCUAGGUUGGUGUGAUGAUGACCCAGCCAUUAGAACAAGCUUCAAACGAGACAGGACGGAUGACGAUGUUUUGUGCGACGAGGCGCCGGCACUUAAGCGACUCAAGCAGCUGAGAAGCACCAAUUUCCCCAACAUUAUGUCUUCUAAUGAUGCCUGGGAAAAAAAGGAAAAAAACGUUCGGUAUGUUCCUAUACAAGUAGAGAGUGGGCACCCUAGCACAUCAACUCCACUGGAGGUGAAUCGUUCAGGCGGCCGAGGCCGGACUGUGCCGCUGAAGUUAGUGGAUGUGACGGGACAUGAGCCGGCUACUCCACUGCGGAAGCCUCGGAUGCACACCCCAUUGCGACCAGUGAUGCAUCAUGUGGUUGAUGAUGAUGAUGACGAUGAUGAGGAAGAGGUCACAUGGGUGGAGAGCAAGCCAGGAAAAUCUAAAAAACCAGAAGUGUACAUAGAUCUAGAAGAUGAUGACCAUGACCCGGAGGAAACUGAGAAUGACGUCAUAUUCGUCAAGAAAGUCUCUGAUCCCCAGGGAAAACCCUUCAAAUUCUUUGUAACAAAAAAUGAUAGAAAAGAACCUACAAAAGAUGUACCAUACUACAGGAUAAAUAGAAAAUUGAAUGAUAGACACUCCCUGUCACCUAGAAGUUACACUAAGUUUAAAGCCCCAGCUGGCAUCAUGAAAACUUAUAAAAAAACAGCCAUUCCUAAGUGGAUGCAACCACAGAAACCCUGCGCCUUCCCACGGAGUAGACUGCUAGACACCAACGGUUCAAACAUUAGAUCAACACUAUCAGAAGUAUUCAAUUUAGAUGAGAAGAGAAAUUACCAAGAGUUGAUUAGAAGAGUAGCAGGUACUACAAAACCAGUAUCAUUCUCCAAGCCAAUAGAUAUAGUAAAUAUAGCUGACGAUUCUGCAUCGUUCCGAAAUACGCAAAGAGCGCAGAGGAAGUCUUUAAAUGAAAUAAGAUUAGUUGAGAAAGGUCUCUUAGCGGAGCGAGAGGGCGAAGCAUCUAAAGAAUAUGACCCUAUUACAGUUGCAUCAAUCAACUCCUCAGACUCUGAAGUAGAAGUAGUACCUUCAGAGUCGUCAACUUCAUCUUCAGUUAGAAUCAACCCCAUUAACUCGUUAAAAGACUCGUACAGAGAUAAAGACAUUACCUCGACGGAUUGGCUCGCGAAAAUAGAUUCUAAGUAUAGAAAGAAAAGGCAAGAAACUCAAGAGAAGUUAAAAGAUGCGCGACGCGAAUCUGACAUUAUUUCUAAGGUUAACUAUGAACAGAAGUUAGCACAUUUAGAGCAUAAGUUGAAAUAUGAGCUGAGCAUACCAGAGAGUCUCAUUGAGGAGCCCCAGCCAACUGUGGAGCUUCCGGAGCUGACUCCGGAGCAAGAGAAACUGAUUAAUAGGGCCAUAGGCCCUGGACCGUCGGGACAAUUGAUUAUAGAAAAAUUCAAUUUAAGAAUACACAGACGCGACCUCCAAACGCUGAGCGGGCUGAACUGGCUGAACGACGAGGUGAUCAACUUCUACAUGAACCUGAUCAUGCAGCGCUGCGAGGAGCGCCAGGACUUGCCCAAGACAUACGCGGCCAACACCUUCUUCUACCCCAAGCUCAUGCAGAGCGGCCAGGCCGGCCUCCGCCGGUGGACCAGGAAGGUGGACAUAUUCGCGCACGACCUCAUGGUGGUCCCCGUGCACCUCGGCGUGCACUGGUGCAUGAGCAUGGUCGACUUCCGGGCCAAGAGGAUCCAGUACUUGGACAGCAUGGGAGGAAAGAACCAGCCGUGCCUCAACGCGCUGCUGCAGUACUUGAAGGACGAACAUCAGGAUAAGAAGGGGCAGCCGUUUGAUGAUAGUGGGUGGAAACUGGAGUGUUUGAGUAAGGACAUCCCGCAGCAGAUGAACGGCAGCGACUGCGGUAUGUUCUCGUGCACUUUCGCCGAGUUCUCAGCCCGCAACGCGCCCUAUUCCUUCUCACAACAACACAUGCCCUAUCUGCGCCGCAAGGCCGCCUUGGAGAUCAUCACUGGACGAUUGUUGCUGUAAAACUACUCAUAGAACACUGUAGUUAUCAUCAAUUGGUCAGAUUACAAACUAGGGAAGUUCAAAUGAUACAUUGUUGGAAGGCGGCCCUAGAGAUCAUUACCGGCCGGCUACUGCUGUAAAACUAUAGAUUGUAACCAUCAUAGCUUAUCCAUACAGGCCCCGUAGACAACAUGCCAAUUGCUAACGCUCCUUAGCGAACGAAACGCAACUUUCACUGUCACACUAACAUGGAAGAGUGAUAGAGAGGAUGAGAUGAUGACAUGCCUUAUAUCGGCCGCAGGGCAACCUUAAAGAUCAUUACUGGAUGACUGCUGUUGUAGUCACAGGACAUUGUAGUCAUGGCCUAUCCAGACAGCAAACUAGUGAAGAAAAUAAUUCCACAUAUCAAGAGAAAUUACAAACAUACUUUAUCUUGGCCACUAGACAGCUUUAAAGAUUACUGAAUGGCUGCACAUGAUGCACUCUAUGGGACAAUGCAGUCUAUAUAGAAAACCAGAGAAAAUGUAUUGCCACACUAGUGUGAGGAAAUGGAAUGAGAUAAAGGAAUAAUGGAACCUUACUUACAUCAACUUAACGCUCCUAUAGUGACUCCAUCCAUACAGCAUACCAAUAAAGUGAAUGGGCUAUAUAGUGUUAUUUAUUUUCUUUAUAAUCUUAUUGGAAUAAAGAUGUUGCCCACUAUAAAAACCAGUGAACUUACAAUCUUUAGUGAAGUGAAUAUACCAUUUUUAAGGACUGGCGUUUAUGGCCUUUAUCCGUAAAGUGAAAGUAAAAUGAAAUGCGUAAGUGAAAUGGUUUAUCAGUAAACUCUACUUGGAUUUGAAACAUUUGCCUAAAGUGUUUGUCAAAGUUUUUUAUCAGAAGCACUUUCUGUAGUUAUUCUCCUUUUAAAAAAAUUAAAUACGAUCAGAAACCAUUCAUCUACAUAAAUCUCUAAUCUUAUGUAUUUUGCUUUCAAAAAUAUUUCAAGCUACAGAAAGUGCUUUGACAAUUAAAGUUUUGUCAAAAAUGCAAAUGUGAUAGGUUCUACAGUGAACCAAUGAAGUGAUUUGACAAUAGGUGUGCAGAGGUUCCUAGGGUAGUCUAGGAGCUAAGAAAUAUUGUAUUUACAAUAAGUGUAACAUCAGCAUUUAAUUUAUUUACUAAUCAGCCAAUUUCAUAUUGCAAACCACAUUAAAUGUAUUGCUGUUUAUAUCCUUAUAAUUGUUAUUUACAUUUAUGCAUCCAGAUAAACCUAUUCUGUUAUAUUAAUUUGAGGGCUAACUAAAACUCCGGAAAAUGGUAAUUUUAAAUCCCACAAAUCUGCACUAAACUAAAAGCACAUAGGUACUCUAGUAGUAUUUAUUAAGACACCUUGAAUUUCAGAAGCAUAAGUGUUAAAUAAAAGUGCUUCUAGCAUAGUAGAUACUUCAGUUUUCUUUUUUUUCCGAAAUCAUCCCAAUGCACCUAUUAGUAUUCAUUGACACAAAUAAAUGUUCAAAAUAAACAAAUUUUGUAAUGGAAUUAAUUCUAAGGCAAUUCAUAUCAUUUGCAUUGACAUUUUUCAAUUAUUAUACUAAAAUUUAUUUCUACAUCAAGAAAUAUAUUUGCCCUGUCCAUUAUAGGAUAUGCUAACUGCUUAUCUCCAGACCACCAGACCACCGAACCACCGGACCAGAUCUCCGAACAGCUGGAGCUACCUGUUACCACCGCCUUCCAUCAAGCAUCAGACCGCAACAGUUGGAGGCAAUUUAUAAAUCGCAAGUGGAGUCACGAUCCUCAGCAAUGGGGGAGCGAUUAAGAAGAGAAGAGAGAACUGCUUAUAAUGAGUGUAUGAACGAUUUUUUCAGUGGGGGUAAUUAAUUUAUUGCCAGCAAAAUAUUUGUAUUAAACGAUUUUUUUAUUUAAUUGAGGUUAUGAAUGAGUUUGAUAAAUAGCAAUUUAUUAUUAAGUUCUUAAAUGUGUAUUUAACUCGAAAGCUGUAAAAUUGUAACAGUUAUUUAGAUUAUAAUUGUUUGUACCUACUUCAUCUAAUGUGUAAUUAUUGUAAAAACACUAAUGGACAGAGGCCUCAUAGUUAACAAAAUUUUGAAUAUUACAAACUAGACAUUAGUGUUGACUCAAGCGUCAAAAAGCUUACUGUAAUAGCUUUCCAUCAGGGGCAGUAUGCUUGCUUCCACCAAAGUUGUGUAAAAACACUAAAUCAAGCAAUUAAAGAAUGAUUUAGUCAUUGCACUCAACGUUAUGAUCUUGUGAUACUGGAUUGCGACAUUUCAGCACGUAAAAAUACUUAUUCAAUGCAACUGGUGUAUAUAAACAAAUUUAAGUGACACGUUUAAUCUUUAGGAUCACCAGAAUGUCAGAAAAGCGCUUAUCAACUCAGUGAGUAUUAGCAGCUUUUAUUUAAUUUGUAUAAUUUAAAAGACUGAGGCACUGCCACCCCAGUUGUAAUAUUCUUCUCAAAUAAUUUUCUGUACAUUUUUAAGAUAUAUAAUUGAUUCACAGAAUAGUGUUCUUCGAGCAACGCCGGCUUCCGCCAUGUCGGAAGGGAGGAGCCCAAGCGAUAUCAUACCGUACAAAUCAUUCUGCAGUUUUUGCGGGGGUAAACGUGCACACAGUCGCACUUUCCGUCAAAGACAAAUUUUGCAAACCUCGAUCUCUUUUUGUGUACCGAUGAAUCACUCCAUGCAUCGCCAUAGGUACAGUUGUACCUAUGCUUCGGCAGAGGGGAAAUAGUACGAAUGAGGUCUCCCUUCCCGUUGUUGCUCGAAGGUGUUGCUAAAUGAUUUGAAAAACUUAUCACUUAUGUUGUAAACAGUUACUUAUAUAUUAAACAUUUUAAAAGAUAUCUGUAUAUUGCGCAUGUGCCACGUAAGCCGGACUCGACUUACUUUUAACGUAGACGAUGUUUGAUAAUCAAUCGGAUAAUAAUUUAUUAUCGACCAGCAAAACUCAUUGGAUUGCGAUCAAACUGAGUAUUUGAUAUUUAUGAAUCGGGGUUCGUAAUAAGAUAAUUAUUCUCCUUGAUAAAUAUCAGAUAAUAUAAUCGUUGGGUGAUAUUGAUAUAUGUGUCCCUUAACUUCAAAAUCGGGUAAAUCCAUUGGACCCUCUCAGCAAAUAUCUACCCUAAAUACCAAAAUCGCAUAAUCUGACAGAUGGAUUUACCCGAGUUUGAAGUUAAGCGACUCAUAUAUAUUUUGUAAGUGAAUAAAAAUGUCUUGCGGUGAAUUUCUCUCAAGUUAUUAUUACGAUAAUUAUCAAGAUUAUUAUCCAUUCGAACCCUGUUAUGAAUCUUGCUUGACAAAGAUAUGGGGGAGACGGUGUGUUGAGUAAUUUGGGUUUGGAUGGGUUUGAUAUUGAUGUGUGUAUGUAUUAAAAAUAUAAUUUAUUCAUACUUAUUUCUCUAAGUGCUUUUUAGCGAGGUAAGAUUCUAUGCUAGACGAAAUAAAUUAGAAUAAAAGCAGUGGAACUGAAGUUGAUCAUAGAAACAAACACAUCUUAAUAAGAAUAAAAAAAAUAAACUUAGGAAAGUGCUUAAAACAAUUACUAAAGUCUAUUUUUUAUUCGGUAGACUAAAAUGACAUUUCAUAAUAUGAACAUUAAAUAACAUUCCAUAGUAUGAAAUGUCAUUUUAGUGUACGGAAAGAAAAAAUAGAUUUUAGUAACAAUGUAAAUGAAAAAUUUAUCAGAAUUUGUACUUUUCAUAAGCUGUUUCUUUGGAAAGAAAUUUGUAUGAGUGAAAUGCCAAAGGUAGAAAGUGUAUAGAUUUCUCCCCAUUUCUUUGUCAAAGUCUAGCUUAACGUUUCCUAUUGUAAAUUACCGUAUUUUGUAAUGUAAUGUAAUGUAAGUUACACUAAGUUAUAAUCAUCAAAGUUGUUUUUGUUUCCACUAGUAAUAGUCCCGAGAAUUUUCUAAUAAAUAAAUCUAGAAAUAAAUGAGGAGAAUAUGAAUUUA